UUUAUCUGACAGUUCACAGAGGCGAGAAAAACACAGAAAAUUUUAAUUAAAAAUUGAAUUUCACAAGAAAUGAACCCAAAACUCGUCUUUUUCGCCCUCCUUUCGGGCGCUGUGAGUGUUUUAGCUGACACCUUGCUCGAGGAAUAUGAAGAUUCAACGGGUUACACGAUCGAGGGCAAAGUUUUUCCUCCUGACGUGACUUCUAUGAGCAAUCAAUGGCCCAAAAAUAGUGUUGUAACAAUCAACGGAGGCGAAUUCAAGGGUUUCUUGAAGGAAGACGGCUCUUUUAUCAUUUCAAGUGUUCCUUCGGGCAGUUAUGUGCUUGAAGUUUUGAAUCCGGAUUACAUUUAUGAACCUGUUCGUGUCGAAAUCAAUCCGAAAGGCAAGUUCCGUGCACGAAAAGUCAACUAUAUCAUUCCGUCGCAGAUUCUGCAAGUGCCAUAUCCGCUAAAAUUGAAGGCUUUGUCGAAAUUUCGCUAUUUUCAACAACGCGAACAAUGGAAAAUCACGGAUUUCUUGUUCAAUCCGAUGAUUAUUAUCAUGGUUUUGCCUCUUCUCUUGAUGCUCGUUUUGCCUAAAAUGAUGAACGAUCCAGAGACAAAGAAAGAAAUGGAACAACUCAAUUUGAACAAAAUGACGAGCGAUAUGCCCGAAAUUAGUGAAAUGAUAACAUCUUUUUUCAAUCCUGCAAGUUCUACGGCGAAGGCUUCGGAUAAAUCGAAGGCAUCGACAAGCGGAAAAACUAACAAAAAACGAAAUUAGAGAAUAAAUUUAGACAAUUACGUAGUUUGAGACCAAAAACUCGCAUUUUUUGUUAAUUUCUUUGUACUUGACACGUAUUUUUAUUAAUAUUUAGUAAUAAUUUGUGGAGAUCAAAUAAUAAUAAAGGGUGAGAGGAUAGA